AUGUUAAUCCGACUUACGCUGUUUUUCUCAUUAGUUUUACAUAAUCUCUUACUUGCUUUCUUCAUUUCUUUUUAUCACCCUGAACUUUCUUUCUUUCUUUCUUUCUUUCUUUCUUUCUUUCUUUUUCACCUAGGCUUCCUUGCUUUCUUUCUUUUUUAUCACACUGAACUUCUUUCUUUCUUUCUUUCUUUCUUUCUUUCCUUUCUUUCUUUCGUUCCUUCUUUUUUUCUUUGUUUCUUUCUUUCUUUCUUUCACCCUGAGCUUCCUUGCUUUCUUUCUUUUUAUCACACUGAACUUCUUUCUUUCUUUCUUUCUUUCCUUUCUUUCUUUCGUUCCUUCUUUUUUUCUUUGUUUCUUUCUUUCCUUUCUUUCUUUCUUUCUUUCUUUCACCCUGAGCUUGCUUUCUUGCUUUUUAUCACUCUGAACUUUCUUUCUUUCUUUCUUUCUUUCUUUCUUUCUUUCUUUCUUUCUUUCUUUCUUUCUUUUACCCUGAGCUUACUUGCUUUCUUUAUUUCUUUUUAUCACCCUGAACUAACUUUUCUUUCUUUCUUUCUUUCUUUUCACCCUGAGCUUGCUUGCUUUCUUUCUUUUUAUCACACCGAACUUCUUUCUUUCUUUCUUUCGUUUUUCUUUUUAAUAUAA